AUCGCAAACACUACCCCAAAAGCCCCCAAGGACCUCGCUCGCUCGCUCGCUCUCCACAUCGAGCAAGAGCUAGCAGGAGGAGCUUUGAUCGCCAGGCGCCAUGGACGCGUCGAUCGGCGAUCCGAGGCUGACGUCGGUGGAGGCGGCGUUCGAGAAGAACCCGCUGCCGGGCUUCAGCUGGCUGGUGACGCCGCGGGCCAUGGCCGUCGCGGUGCUACUCGGGAUCGUCUUCUGCUUCGUCGGCAUGAGGAUCCAGAUGAUGACCGGGUUCGUGCCGGCGCUCAACAUGCCCGUCACCGUCCUCAGCUUCUUCCUCCUCAAGGUGCUCGCCAGGCAGCUGCAGAAGUGGCGAUUGACCGUGGUGCCCUUCACGCGCCAGGAGAACAUGUUCCUCAUCACUUGCGUCAUCACCUGCCUUAACCUAGCCAUCACUGGUGGUUUCGCAACCGCUCUCACUGGAAUGGGUACUAUAGUGGCCAAAACACUUGCUGAUGAUCUAGAUCCAAGAGAUAUUAUCGACUAUAUACCAACAGGAAAAUUGAUUAUAUACUUUUUCCUUAUUGGUAUGGCAGGGGUAUUGUCUAAUAUUCCAUUAAACCAGAUCAUGAUUAUCGACUACCAAUUACUAUUCCCAACAGGAUCGGUCAUAGGACACCUUAUUAAUAGCUUUCACACUCCUGAAGGUGCUUAUAUAGCAAAAAUGCAGGUUAUGACUAUUUUCAAAGUAUUUUUUGGUAGUUUUUCUUGGUCUAUAUUCCAAUGGUUCUAUUCUUCAGGCAGUGGUUGUGGAUUUUCAAGCUUUCCAACGUUUGGACUGGAACUAUAUAAACGCAGAUUCUACAUUGAUUUCUCUGCAACAUAUAUUGGUGUAGGAAUGAUGUGCCCACAUAUAGUCAAUUUUGGGUUACUUUUCGGGGCCAUCAUCUCUUGGGGAUUUCUAUAUCCUUACCUUGAAACUAAACAUGGGGAGUGGUAUCAAACUGAUAGCCCUUCAAACUUAGACGGACUCAAUGGAUACAAGGUGUUCAUCAGCGUGACACUGAUCGUCACUGACGGCCUGAUAAACUUUCUGAUACUCGUGACUUCAGCUGCAAUUAACUUCUACCAUAUAAGGCAACAGCAACAGCAAACGUCAGGGCUGGCCAGCUACAUCAGCAAGAACCCUAGCAUGAACUACGACGAACGCAAAAGGAUCGAGAUGUUCUUGUCCAGCAAGAUCCCAAUGUUCGUGCCGGUGGCGGCCUACGUCGCAUGGACGGCCAUCAGCAUGGUCGCGAUGCCGGCCAUGUUCGACCAGAUCAAGUACUACCACGUCGGCGUGCUCUACCUCGCCAUACCCGUGGUCGGCUUCUGCAACACCUACGCGACGGGGCUCACCGACUGGUCGGUGUCGAACACCUACGCCAAGUUCUCCCCCUUCAUCUUCGCGGCGUGGAUCGCCAGGCCGGGCGCCAUCGUCGCCAGCCUCCUCGUCAGCGGGAUCACCAUGGCGUCGCUGCACGUCUCGUCGCAGGCGAUGCAGGACCUCAAGUCGGCGCACAUGACGCUGACGUCGCCGCGCGCCAUGAUCGCCGGGCAGGUGUUCGGCGUGGCGCUCAGCUCCGUGGUCAGCCCCUGCAUCUUCCGCGCGUUCGAGAAGGCGGCGAAGCCCGGGGCGCCGCUGGGGUCCAAGGACUCCGUCUACCCGUGCCCCUACGCCGGGCUGUACCGCGCCAUCUGCAUCAUCGGCAUGGGAGGGGUGAAGGGCCUCCCAAAGUACUGCGUCGAGCUCUGCGUCAUCGCCGUCCUGGUGACCAUCGCCAUCGACGCCCUGGUGCUGGUCUCGCAGCUCAAGGGGUGGAGGCUCCACCUCUACAUCCCGAGCAUGACGGUGAUCGCGCUGCCGUUCUUCGCCGGGUCGUACUUCACCCUCGACAUGUGCCUGGGCGGCCUGCUGCUGCUCCUCUGGAAGAAGAUCGACACCAUGAGCGCCGAGAUCCUGUCGGCCGCCGUCGCAGCGGGCUUGAUCUGCGGCGAGGGGCUCUUCACGCUGCCAUCGGCGUUGCUCAACAUGUUCAAGGUGCUACCGCCGAUGUGCAUGAAGUUCUUGCCCAGUGGACAAGAGGUUGAGGUGGUGGACUCAUUCCUGAACAGCUCGGGAGGAACAGUACCCAAGACAUGACCGAUCGAUGUUGAGAUCAAGUUAAUAUAUGCACUCAUCAAAUUAAGAUUGACUGUUAGUACUCCUUAAUUGGUUACCACAUCUCGGUGGAAAUUAAGUGGUCUAUGAAUCAUUAUUGAUCAUUGUAAAUAAUGAUGCACGUAUCGUAUUUUACAUAUAUAUAUGUCAUGUAAUUGACAUAAGUAGACAUGUGAGCCAGCUUUGGUUGCAACAUGUAAGAGAUGCUUGUUAUAGUUAAGUGCCACAGAAUAAAGUUGUAGUUGAAAUAUGAA